AUGUCGAGCGUCGGAGCGAGGGCAACCUCGUCAGCGCUCGCAUCCAGCUCGUCGUCCAAGCUCGCGCACAUCCCCGGUUGGACCGUCAUCUCACGCUAUUCUCGUUCACACCGCAAAUCGACCUUUCUCAUCGGCGUGUUUACCGGUCUCGUUCUGGGUCUUGGAUCCAUCACAUCCGUCUUUUUCUUUGCAGAACGACGUGAACGCAAACGAAGACGCAGAAAGUUGCGCUCCUACGGACUCGACGAUGAAGACGAAGAGGAGCGUCGACGGCGCGAGCUUCGUGGGCGCGAUCCAAUCCAAAUCCGGUCUGGUCAAGUGGUGAGCGGUGUCGAAGGUCUAAUCGGAAAUACUCCGCUCAUGCGUAUAAACAGCCUCUCCGAAGCAACGGGCUGCGAGAUCCUGGGCAAAGCAGAGUUUCUCAACCCUGCCGGCUCACCAAAGGACCGUGUAGCAUUGCAAAUUCUCAAAGACGCUGAAGAAGAAGGCUUGCUCUACCCGCACACGGGCAGCUGCAUCUUUGAAGGUACAGUAGGAAGCACCGGUAUCUCACUAGCCACUCUGGCGCGAGCAAAAGGGUAUCGCUGUUCAAUUGUCAUUCCGGACGACGUUGCACGCGAAAAAGUGGAGCUCCUGGAAAAGCUCGGUGCCGAGAUCGAAUCGGUUCGACCGCGAGGCAUUGUCGAUCCACGACACUUUGUCAACGAAGCACGUGCUCGGGCCGAAGCGUUUGGCGAGGUCGAACUCGUUGGUCCGCAUCCGAAUGGUUUGGGCACGUCCCGAUAUGCUGGCUCGGACGCAGGACAGGGGGAAGAGUACGUUCAUCGCCAUGACCUGGUUGUUUCCUCCAGACGCGUGCCGAACACCGAUGAUGCAUCCGGUAUUGUCAACGAGACCCAAGCACGUGGCUUUUUUGCGGAUCAGUUCGAGAAUCCAUCCAACUUUUGGGCGCAUUACAACGGUACUGGACCCGAAAUCUGGCGCCAGACGGGCGGGUUGAUCGACGCAUUCGUCGCGGGUGCGGGCACGGGCGGGACGCUCUCUGGAUGUGCAGCCUUUCUGAAACGCGUAUCAUGCGAUCCGGAUGAGUCCCAACAAGGAGGAGGUUUCAUCCGACGUCCUGGAUCCGCACAAGAGGUCAAAGUGGUGCUGGCCGAUCCGCAGGGUAGUGGGUUAUACAACAAGGUUAAAUACGGUGUCAUGUACAGUGCCACCGAAGCAGAGGGGAAGCGCAGGAGGCAUCAAGUGGACUCGGUCGUAGAAGGGAUUGGCAUCAAUCGCAUCACAAGAAACUUGCAGAUGGGAUUGCAGUGCAUUGACGACGCCGAGAGGGUCAGCGACGAUGAGGCGGCGCGCAUGGGAAGGCAUCUGAUCCUCAACGAUGGACUCUUCCUCGGCUCUUCGUCAGCCGUCAACUGCGUUGCUGCUGUCCGAACAGCACUGAAAAUCAAACGCCAACGGGGCGACGACCCACCCCCUGUUGUGGUCACUGUACUCUGCGAUUCGGGCUCUCGCCAUCUGUCCAAGUUUCACAACGACGAUGCACUCGUUCGUCUGGGCGUGUCGGAUGCCGGCAGCAGUGACAUUUCUGACAUCCUCUCUUCCAUCGAUUAG